UAGGAGGUCAAGAUUCUUUGGAGGCACCAAAGCAAAACUCACAGAGAGGAAGAUAAACAGAGACAGAAUCCAGCAACUAUUCAUUAUUAUUGCAUUACACCACAAGUUACUUUUUGAUCACUUCUCGUUACUUUAGUCCCAAAUAUGGAAUUCCAUGCAUCAACUGAGUUUGAGCUAGUUCCACUCCAUCCUAGAGUCUUCUUCACUCCCCACAACGGUUCUGCAUCAGAUCCCCAGCAGGUGCACAUAUCAAUCGCAGGGAUAGAUCACAUCCGAAUCACCUGGCUAACCGACGACAAAACAGUCCCUUCUGCCGUUGAAUAUGGCACUGAACCGGGAAAGCACGUCAUCAAGGCCACCGGGGACAACAGCAGUUCAUAUCAGUUCUUAACCUAUACCUCAGGUUUCAUCCAUCAUGUGAGGAUUGGACCUUUGGAACCCAACACCACUUAUUACUACAGAUGCGGCGGCUGCGGUCCUGAAUUCUCCUUCAAAACCCCUCCCUCAACCUUCCCCCUCCAAAUCGCCGUCGUUGGGGAUCUGGGUCAGACCGACUGGACAAAAUCAACACUACAAGGGCUAGAAAGCAAAGACUACGACUUGCUGCUGCUACCGGGGGAUUUAUCCUACGCCAACAGCACGCAGCCUCUGUGGGACUCAUUCGGCCGGCUGGUGGAGCCGUUGGCCAGCCGUCGUCCGUGGAUGGUGACAGAAGGAAAUCACGAGAAGGAGAGCUAUCUGGUUGGCGAGGCAGAGUCCUUCAAGGCAUACAAUGCCCGGUGGCUAAUGCCACACAAGCAGAGUGCAUCCACCUCCAACCUCUACUACUCGUUCGACGUCGCAGGAGCCCACGUCAUCAUGCUCAGCUCCUCCACCGAAUUCAGAUCCGGGUCAGACCAGUACGCCUGGCUGGCGACCGACUUGGCCCGAAUCGACAGAACAAUGACGCCGUGGGUUUUCGUAUCGUUGCACACGCCGUGGUACAAUACCAACGACGGGCGUCAAGGGGACGGGGAAGGGAUGAGAGCAGCCAUGGAAGAGCUGCUUUAUGAGGCUAGAGUGGAUGUUGUCUUCGCUGGCCAUAUUCAUGCCUACGAAAGAUUCACUAGGAUUUAUGACAACAAGGCCAACUCGUUGGGUCCAGUCUACAUUACUAUCGGGACUGGCGGGUGCCAUAGUGGAGUUUACUCACAGUUUAUGAAGCCAACUCCAGCGUUAUCGUUGUGUCGAGAUGCAAGGUUUGGACAUGGGCGGCUGAGGAUAUUGGAUGAGAAACGAGCCCAUUGGUCAUGGCAUCCCAACGACUCGGAUGUCGCUGAGGACGAGGUGUGGUUGACGUGUUUAAGCGCAGCUCGAGAUGAUUAGUGGUAAUGCGGGAUCGAUGAAUCUCAGCUGUUAGGUUUGCUUACUACUGUGAGCCGAAUUGCAGUAGUAAGUAACAAUGGGGAUCAGCUGAAUAUGCAAUCCUAAUUGCAACUGGAUUACAUGAGGAAGAAGAAGUCUUAGUGAAGAAACGUUUCUUUCAAGUUAAUUUACUUCAACAUGUGCUUAAGUCCAAAACUACAUUGUUUGGUUUAGUAGCUAUUAGCCGUUGUUAAUCCACCUCUAAAUUCAUAUGGUAUUAGAUAAUAAAAAAAGCUCCUAAGG